GUAUAAGACAAAUACAUCACAACUUUCACAGCAAUUCAACAUUGAUAGUUUUAUAUCUGAACUGGCAGUGUUUCAAUCUAUAAAUCGUUCUGAAGGGGCUUGAGUAGCAUUAUAACAGUUAAAGACUACAUUCCCCAGGUUGACAGCGGCUGAUGACGUAUAAAGUAUGCGCCAAUCUUUACAGUCGCUGAAGAGAUCUUUAUUAGCUACAUGGUUAAUACACAGCACUAAGUCACCAUGGUGAUGAAGUCAGCAGUUGAGGAUGAUGAUGCCGGCUGGGGGCUGGGCAUUCCAGAGAAGAUGAAGAAUAAUGCCAACUGGGUGGAUAUUACACAUGAAUUCAAGGGCGCAUGUAAAGAGUUGAACCUUGGAGAGUUGCUUCAUGAUAAACUGUUUGGCCUUUUUGAGGCCAUGUCAGCCAUAGAGAUGAUGGACCCUAAGAUGGACGCAGGAAUGAUUGGAAACCAGGUCAACAGGAAAGUUCUCAACUUUGAACAAGCUAUCAAGGAAGAAGCCAUUAAGGUUAAAGACCUUAGUCUUCCUGAACUCAUCGGGAUCAUAGACACAUGUUUCUGCUGUUUGAUCACAUGGCUGGAGGGCCACUCCUUGGCACAGACGGUGUUCACCUGUCUGUACGUCCAUAACCCCGACCUGAUUGAGGAGCCGGCCCUCAAAGCCUUUGCCCUGGGCAUCCUGAAGGUGUGUGACAUCGCCCGAGAGAAAGUCAACAAGGCUGCUGUGUUCGAGGAGGAGGAUUUCCAGGCCAUGACCUACGGUUUCAAGAUGGCCAAUAACGUCACAGACCUGCGGGUGACAGGUAAGGGUAACGUGUGUGGUAGAUCGUUAAGUCCACACAGUGGGUUUGGUAAAAACAAAUCCCUCUCUCGUUUGUUUUUCCUCGCAGGUAUGCUGAAAGAUGUGGAGGAUGAGUUACAGAGGAAAGUUAAGAGCACACGCAUUCGUCAGGGUGAGCAGAGGGACCCUGAGGUAGAGCGAGAGCAUCAGCAGUUUUUGGCCCUUUUCAAUAGAAUCAAGUUUAUGCGCCUCCUACUGACUGCACUGAUCACCUUUACCAAGAAAGAGACUAGCUCAGUAGGCGAGGCCCAGAAGCUUGUGGUCCAGGCAGCUGACCUCUUAUCAGCCAUUCAUUCCAGUAUUCAGCACGGCAUCCAGUCCCAGAAUGACACCACCAAAGGAGACCACCCCAUCAUGAUGGGUUUUGAGCCCUUGGUAAAUCAGAGACUGCUUCCGCCUACCUUUCCUCGCUACGCCAAGAUCAUCAAGAGGGAGGACAUGGUGGCAUACUUCAGCAAACUCAUAGACCGCGUCAAGACCGUCUGUGACGUGAUCAACACCACCAACCUGCAUGGCAUACUGGACUUCUUUUGUGAAUUCAGUGAGCAGUCUCCCUGCGUGCUCUCUAGGUCUCUACUCCAGACAACGUUCCUGAUCGAUAAUAAGAAGGUUUUUGGGACGCACCUGAUGCAGGAUAUGAUUAAAGAUGCUUUGAGAUACUUCGUCAGCCCUCCUGUCCUCUCCCACAAGUGCUGUCUGUUUAACAACCACCAGGCAAAGGAUUACAUUGACUCCUUUGUCACACACUGCUCCAGGCCAUUCUGCAGUCUGAUCCAGAUCCAUGGCCACAACCGCGCCCGACAGAGAGAUAAGCUGGGGCACAUUCUUGAGGAGUUUGCUACUCUGCAGGACGAGGCAGAGAAGGUGGAUGCAGCCCUGCAUAGCUUGCUAAUGAAGCUUGAGCCUCAGCGGCAGCAUCUAGCCUGUCUUGGUACCUGGAUCCUCUACCACAACCUGAGGAUCAUGAUCCAAUACCUGCUCAGCGGCUUUGAACUGGAACUAUACAGCAUGCAUGAGUACUAUUACAUCUACUGGUACCUGUCUGAGUUCCUUUACGCUUGGCUGAUGUCCACUCUGAGCAGAGCUGACUCCUCACAGAUGGCUGAGGAGAGGCUGAUGGAGGAGCAGGUGAAAGGACGCAGCAGCAAAAAGACCAAGAAGAAGAAAAAAGUUCGCCCUCUGAGCAAAGAGAUCACCAUGAGCCAAGCAUACCAGAACAUGUGUGCUGGCAUGUAUAAGACCAUGGUAGCUUUGGAUAUGGACGGGAAGGUUCGUAAGCCUCAGUUUGAGCUGGACAGUGAGCAGGUUCGCUACGAGCAUCGCUUCGCCCCCUUCAACAGCGUGGUCACCCCUCCACCUGUGCACUACAUCCAGUUUAAGGAGAUGUCAGAUCUUAAGAAGUACAAUCCUCCGCCCGGGUCCACGGAUCUUUAUUUGGCCGCCAGCAAACACUUCCAGCAGGCCAAGCUCAUCCUAGAAAAUGUGCCCAGCCCAGACCCUGAGGUGAACCGAAUACUGAAGGUGGCCAAACCCAACAUUGUCGUUACGAAGCUCCUGGCUGGGGGGCACAAGAAGGACACCAAGGUGCUCCCAGAAUUUGACUUCUCAGCCCACAAGUACUUCCCGUGGUCAAAAUCAUCUGAUUCUGCACUGCGAGAGAGACAAAAAGUGUGUGUGUGUGUGUGUGUGUGUGUGUGUGUGUGUGUGUGUGUGUGUGUGUGUGUGUGUGUGUGUGUGUGUGUGUGUGUGUGUGUGUGUGUGUGUGUGUGUGUGUGUGUGUGUGUGUGUGUGUGUGUGUGUGUGUGUCUCUCUGUGUGUCUCUCUGUGUGUCUCUCUGUGUGUCUCUCUGUGUGUCUCUCUGUGUGUGUCUCUGUGUGUGUCUCUGUGUGUGUCUCUGUGUGCGUGUGUACACGAUUCUUUUCUUGACACGAAUGAGAGAUGAAUCCAGAACAGAGAAAUCACAACUGGACUGAAAUGACUGACCAAAUUCACCUCUGCAUCUUUUUCUUUGCUGCCUACAUAACCGUUUGUCAACUGCACAUGAUUGGAUCGCAUUACACCUUUCCAUGUAUUUAUGUUCUUACCUGAAUGAAAUGGUUGAAUGUGAAAGGACUAUAUUAUUAGGGUCUGAGACCAGAGGUCGGCGAAGACCCUACUGUAAUCGCAAGCGAAGCGAGCGACAACCCUACCAAACAUACACAAAACAGGGAAAACGAUGGGCAAAAGCAGAAAAAAACGGGGUACAUGCCGAAUAAAUGUGCAUAAUUAUCGGAAAAUAGAUUCAAAUAAUUAAAAAAAAUUAGGAUUUGCUAAUCUCUCGAUGGAAGCAGGUGUGUUUUUAUACGAGAACCACUUGCUUCAAGUUGUGAAAACUGUGUAUACUGAUGCAUUUUUGGUAUUAAUGCCAUGUACACAGUUCAAGGUGUCUGUGUGUUUUUGUGUAGGUUAUACCAAUGGCAUGACCAUGCGUGUAAUUUACUUCUUUCAUGUUCAGGUUACACCGAACAAUAAAUCCCACAUGAAACCAUGUCUCUGCAAUAAACACUUUUUUUUAUUCUCUAUCAUCAAUAAA